AAAUAGUUUCCUGUGGCAAAAAAAUACAAUGUAAAUAGAAAACAAUAAAAAAAAGUAUUUAUGUGAUAAGAAGUUUUUGCUUAACUACCGCAUUAGACGAGCUACCAAAAUUCUACGCUAUGUAUUCAAAAUUUAUAUUCCUGUUUUUUCUAAUUGCUGUGGGUAAAACUCAAGCAGAAAGUUGUAGUUCCGAAGUCAUUGCAACACGAGGACGAGAAUGCAUUGAAAGUUUUCUCGAAAUGCCUAUUAAUGAACGAUCAGAAGCCGAAGCAUGCCAAAUAGCGAGGACAACUAAAAACUGUUUGAGAACACUCGCUGAAGAUUGUCUAGACGAGAGUGAUAGAACUCAUCUAGACGCUGCAAUUCAGGAAAUCGAUGCCUUAACCGAAAAUUGCCGAGAAACAGAAACAAAUGAGAUUGAUGAUGAGACAAAUGAUGUUUGUGUACAGGACAAUAAAGAUUACAUACUGGGUUGCCUUAGAGAAAAUCAAAUGAGGGCAUUGUCACACUUUUCUCGUCAAAGAAAUCCAAAUGAAAAUGAUGUCAAGUGCACGGUAUACAACUGGAUUUCUGAUUGUGUGAUUGAGCGAGUAAUCGAAAAAUGUGGUGCUGGCGCAGGUGAUGAAAUGCGAGAAGAGUUGAACAAUCCUCCAACAGAAAUAAAAGAAGCUUGUCUUGCUGUAAAUCGACCUCUACAACUUUGAGAUCUCCGAUUUUAAAAUGUUCUUUCUGUAGGAAAUAGGGACUCGAAGUUAGAUUUUUUUGGGUUAAUAUAUGUUAUUUUUCUAUUGUAUCUCUCUUAUGUAUGAAAAACAGUAUCUAUUUGUGCCAAACAAACUUAAAUGUAUAAUAAAUUUCUAAAACAUUAAAAAAAUAGUUGCCCA